UCUCCCAAGAUGGCGCCGGUCGCGCUUCCGGCGGACGGCCCGACGUCACUUCCGGCGAGGCUCUGGCGGGCGAUUUCAACGGCGCAGCGAAGCGGUUCGGAGGAGGCGGCGGCCGCCAUGGCGGGAGGCCGCCCCGGGAGGCGGGCGCGCUCGGCGGGCGCGGCCCGCGAAGGUGCUGCUGCUUCUCCCCCCCGGCGAAGGUCCGAGAGGAACUUGCCUUCCUCAACUCGUCCAGUGUCCCAGGAGAACCCCAGGGGGGUGGCCAGGAAAAUGAUGGGCAGCCCGCGCCCGGCUGCCCCUGUCGUGCGCACGAUAACUCUGAGAAAGAUUAAGCCACGGAAUCAGCAGGAUAAGAUGAAAGGAAGUGAUUUAGUCUCUCGUCGGAGUCCAAGGAUCUCCUUAAAAGGAAACAAGGAGAACAGCCCCCCGGCGGCCCCUGAAAACCAACGUCCCCACGGAGGGGAGACCCCAAAGAAAGCCCAGCCUUUUACCCCCUGCUGUCCCUUGAAUCUUGACGCAAAGAAUUCACCGAAAGAGACUAGCGUUCGCUCCCUGGUCAGCGCCAACACGCCAGAUUCUCCUCCGGGAUCCGAACGAGACCUGGCCAUGGCCAAACGGGUGCGCCGGUCUUACAGCCGCCUGGACGUCUCCUUGUCCCACAGCUUCACCGAAAAGCAGGAGUUUCCGAGCUUCAGCCUCGCUGGCACCUCCACGCCCGCCGGCGGUCCCGGCAAGCGGCAAACCCUCUUUGGUUUUGAGAAGCUUUUACUCCCAGGGGAGCUGCUAGAGCCCCCCACUUUGCAUAAAAGCGGCGCCCCAAAGACGUCAGCGGCAGGAAGUGGGGCCUUCGGGAAUCCGGACACCGACAUCCCCGGCAUCUCGUUUGGCAGAGAAAAACGAAGGAAGAAGAAGGUGCCUGAGUUUGAUAAAUCAGAGAUGGACGAAUGGGCCGCCCAGAUGAACGCUGAGUUUGAAGAAGCCGAGAAGUUUGAUCUCCUUGUGGAGUGAAAAUGCAUCCGCUCAGCACCUCUUCGAUGGCCAGAAUAUGUUGCUUGUACAUAAAUCUGAAACCCGCCCCGGAGGACGCUUAACCUUUCUUGGCAUAAAGCUGUAAAAUUUCUUACUACAGGCUUAACUCGGUCACAAAAGGCAGCUACCACUUCUCUUGAUGCCCCACCACCCCCCAAAAAACAAAAGAUACUAUAUUGUUCUACGGGCUUGUGAAGACUAAUUUUUUUUUUUCUUAUCUGUCACUUGAAAAAUAUGUUCAGAAGGAUCACAGUUCUACCCAGCAUCACAAUUUUGGUAAAUGGCUUGGCCACCCUUGGAAAUAGCUUGUUUAGUUUCCUCUCGGCUUCCUCCCCUCUCCCCCCCCCCACAGAAAAUAGGCAAGAUGUUAAGGUGAUGUGCAUCCUAGCCUUUGUUUCGCUCCGUCGUUUUAUUAUUUUUUUAAUUAUUUUUCUUCUGCGUUUGCCUUCUGCACAAGUCAUCUUUGCUUAAGCCAGUGGUUCUCAACCUUUCUAAUGCCGCGACCCCAUAAUACAGUUCCCCAUGUUGUGGUGACCCCCAACCACUUAUACAUCGCUGGGUGCCAGGGGCGUGGCCAAAGAAAAGGGGGCAAAAAAUGGCGGACAGCCUUGUUUGGCGACCCCCUGUGAAAUGGUCGUUCGACCCCAAAUGGGGUCCCGACCCACAGGUUGAGAACCGCUGGCUUAAAUGGAGCAGGGGGCCUGGUUUGCUCUGCUGUUUUUAGGGGGGAGUUAAUGGGGAGUUUGUGCAGGCUGGUUUUAAGGAAGAGCCCCUUGAACAGACUCCUUGCAGCGGCAAAGUUUUUGAAGUUUCGUUUGUCUGUUGUUAGCCUGCUGAUGUUUCACUGUGCAGCCCUGUUAGAAUAAGGAUAAGAAAAUUAAAAAGACUUUCCUUCA